AGUCGUCAAGCGUGUGUUUCUGUGCAUUUGGAAAAUGGCGAGCUGGUGUGUCCGAGCUGUGAGGCAGAGCUACUCCGUGUUAGCGUCCCCUGCGCUGAAGAGAGCACCUGUGCGGUUGCUGUGCACUGCCACCCAGCAGAAGAAUGGCCCCAGCUCGGAGGAGGAGGCCGAGAAGACAGAGCAGAACCCAGCAGAAAAGGUUCUUACCGAGGAGAAGGUCCAGCUGGAGGAGCAGCUGAAGGAGAUGACAGAAAAGUAUAAGAGAGCUCUAGCAGAUACAGAAAACCUGAGGACCAGGAGUCAACGGAUGGUGGAGGAUGCUAAGUUGUACGGCAUUCAGGGCUUCUGUAAGGACCUCCUGGAGGUGGCCGACAUCCUGGAGAAGGCCAUGGAGAGUGUCCCUAAAGAGGAGGUGACAAGUCAGAACCCUCACCUGAAGAACCUGUACGACGGCCUGGUGAUGACCGAGGUCCAGAUCCAGAAGGUCUUCACCAAGCACGGCCUGCUCAAGCUCAACCCUGAGGGCCAGAAGUUCGACCCUUACGAGCACGAGGCGCUCUUCCACGCCCCCAUAGAGGGCAAGGAGCCCGGGACCGUUGCCGUGGUGACCAAAGUGGGCUAUAAGCUGCACGGUCGAACCCUGAGGCCGGCGUUGGUGGGUGUGGCCAAGGCUUCCUAGGACUGAUUGGCUAAUGGCGUAACGAAGCGGGUUCAGCGUUACCAGUGGAAGACGACGGACUCGGCGGACCACCCAACGCAAUGCGGUCAUUUCCCUCACAAACUGUCCUCACACUCUGAGACUGGACCAGCAACAUAAACUCUGGGGACAGCGUCCAGCAGUUUUAAACUUCUUCUGCCAGUAGACGGGCCUGUACAGUAAAUACGUUGUCAUCAUCAUUGUGGUUUGGGCUCUGUUAGAAACAAAGAGUUACAAGAAGCUUUCACAGUGUGGAGCAGGCCAGCAUCAUUAAACCAGACGUUUUAAAUAACAGCAUGUUGGGUCUGAGUUUAUACAUGAGGGGUAGAACUCAUUCUGCUGCUGGUGUCAUUCCAAACUUCUGUUUUUACUGGUUGGAGUUUGAACUGCAUCCUUGAAAUAAAAGUUAAAGAGAUGUGAUAGAAACAGGUGAUAGAUCCCUGUGCAGUUUCAGUAAAAUCCAAACUUUUGUCAUCUUAACUUAAUAAACCAGCCUCAGGCAGUGAUGUAA